UAAGAAAUUGGCGGCUCCGUCGCGCUGCACGGCCAGUCGGUCGCGAUUGAAGGGGAGACGGGACUUUGGAGAUUCUGCGGUUGCUUGUUGGUGCGACCGCGACUUGGCCCUCCCCCCCAAAAAAAAGAUCCAGCAGCGGCAGGGAAGGCGACCAGGCCAAGGCAGACAGGCAGAUGGAGGCGGGUUAUGGAGGCAGUGUAUGGGAACGUUAUACGCAGCGAGCGUAGGUAGUGAAUGUGGUGGUGUAAGGCAGGUUGCUGGGGGGUGGCAGAGGCUGGUUCCAGCAAAGAGGCAGACAGUGACCAGGUUCGGCCAGCAGACGGGGGGAACUCGGGCCUGGGCUGGGCUGGCAGAUGGCAAACUGCGAGGUUGUUUGGAGGGACCUGGCUGACAGCUGCCUGUCACUGCGGAACUGGGACUCGCACCACAAAGAAUUGGCCCAGCGCCGGCGUGUGUGUGUUAUUUGUGUGGUGUGUGUGUGUGUGUGUGUGUGUGUGUGUCCGACCGCCUGCCGACCAAAGGGAACAAAUAUUAUUACCUGUCAAUGGUAAUAAAACCCACCCGUCGCCCGCACCUAGCAACCUAUUUUUUCUCUCUCUCUCUCUUCUCUCCCUCCCUCCCUCUACUUUGCAAAUUCCCACUUGGUCGUGGCACCUAAAAAGAGUGGAUUGGCUGUCUGGCCCGUACAGUGCAGACCCCCUACAGUACCCACUCCCCAGGAACACCGUACGCCAGGUACCUCGUCUCCCCGUCUGUCUCUCGUCUGUACGUGCGCGCCGAAGGUGUGUGCUUGCGUGCGUACCGUACGCACCGUAUGCCCGUCCUGCUCUCGUUGCUCCUAACGGCUCAGGGGCCCGCGGUACGGACGUGAAGUAACACAGGGGAAGGAGGAAAUAUUAAAUGCUGCCAGGAUGCAGGAUGGAGGUAGUAUGGUAUGGUAUGGC